AUGCCGAAAGGUGUAGCCGUCAGCCACAUUUCCGCAGCAUGCACCGUCUCCGCCCUGAGCGCUCACUACGGAUUUGUCUCGCCAACAUCAUCAUUAUCCAGCGAGCCCAUCAGAUGGUUCCAGGGCGCGGCGCCGACCUUCGACAUAUCCCUCUUCGAGAUCUUCUGGACACUCAGCACCGGGUCGACUCUCUGUUGCGCCCCGCGUGAGUUCACCCUGCAGGACAUUGACAAGGUCGUUACGACCUUCGAAGCCGACAUAACCAAUAUCACUCCCAGCUUCGCCAGCCUGCUGGACCCGUCGUCGAUCCGCGGUCUGAUGCUCGGCGAUGACAACCAUGGGCAUACGCUCAGCGGAAUCUACAACGGAUACGGACCCACGGAGACGGCCAUCUACUGCAUCGCCCAGGCCCAUGUCCCGGAAGAACAGCGAGGUUCUGUGCUCGGAACGCCUCUCGCGACGUGCGGCAGCCUCAUCGUCGAGGAGCGGAUUCAGACCCAGGCCCAGGCGGUAAACUUGGAGCCCGUGCCCAUGGGCGCGAUAGGAGAGCUCGUAAUCACUGGUCCGCAGGUGAGCAGAGCGGGCUACCUCAACCGUCCCGACGAGACGGCGUGCGCCUUUGUCGACGAUGCGCGAUGGGGUCGGGCGUACAGAACCGGCGACCGAGCCAGAAUCGUGUGGGACCCCCGUGGCGAGCCCAUUGUUGAAUUCUUGGGCAGGAUAUCCGAUGAUCAGGUCAAGCUGAGCGGAAGACGCGUGGAGCUGGGCGAGAUUGAGAGUGUGCUGAUUUCCGAGACCGGCUCGGAGAAGGUUGUGAGUCUUGUUGUCCUUGAGCCGCAUGCCGACGUGGGCUUUGAGCUUGUCCACCAAAGGUGUCUGGAGGCCGCACAACGGCACCUGCCGGACUACAUGAGGCCCUUUAAGAUCCUACAAGUCGACACGCUCCCCAAGUCUGCGUCCGGGAAGGCCGAUCGCAAAGCAGCUUCGGCAUACGACGAAACCACCGAGCCUGUCGGACCCCUGUCGGGCCCCGAAGACGCCAAGCUGGAAGAAGAGCUCCUCUCUAUCGUGUCCGGCAUUCUCGAGGCUGGCAUGGACAGUCUCCGCCCAUCACUAGCCCUGCUUCUCGACUCGGGAGCCAGCGUCCGCUCCGUCUUCUUCCCCUCGACGCGAAAUGUCGAUGGCGAGGCCAAGCUAGAGGCCAAGGAGGCCGACAUACGAAGGAAACUCGCCGACUUCUCCUCCAGAUACGUGUCGGAGGCACUCGACAAGCUCAAUCUCGCCAGCGAGGCUGACAUCGAGAUGGUUCUGCCCACAACAUCCACGCAGAGCCAGUUGGCCCCGGACGUCUCGGCCGAGGCACUGAAGGAGGCCGUCGAAAAGGUCGUCAUCCUGACGCCUGAGGCAUGGCAUCGGUUGGCCAACAGCGCGAGUCGGGUCGUACACAGGAGAGCAAGUGCAAGUCGUGCUGCUGGUGAUGCGAAAGUGUGGCUCGACUUGGCCGAGGAGAACAUUACUCUCGAUUCGCAGAGGCUGUACCAUAUACAGGUCAUUGAGCCGGACUCGGAUCCCGAGUUCAACGCUGGUAGCACUGGUCUCUUGGUCAUCAGCGUUGCCCACUGCAUCUGCGAUGGUGCCUCACUCGAGGUGCUCAUGAGCGACAUAGCCAGGCAGUAUGCUGGCUUGGAACCUCUCCCGAGACAGAGCAUCUACGAGGCGGUAUUGGAGUGGGCCUCGAACGUGGACCCCGAGACGGACAAGCUGUGGCGAGAGUCGCUGAAAGACUGUGGACAUGGAAUGGUCCAAUACGCGAGUGAGCUGCCGUGGCAGGUCCUGGAGGACAAGAGUAGGGCCCUGGGUGCGUCCCCCUUGUCGAUCCUCCAGGCGGCCUGGUCCAUACUCCUGCAUUUGUUCUCUGAGGCAGACACGGGAGACAUCACCUUCGGAAGCGUCAUAUCAGGCCAUGGUCUCUCCGCACACGCGCCCACCUUCUCCGUGGUGCCCUGUCGCGUGGCCCUUCCCGAGAACCAGACUAUCGGAGAGCUUGUCGGCAGCCUUACAAGUCACUCGAGGUUUGCGCAAAGCCACCGGCAUACAUCCUUUGGCAUCUUCAAGACGCUGCCGUACAACACUGCCUUGGCCCUACAAGCAUAUUCUCCGCCGGAUCCUCCGCCUGAACACGGUCUUGGGGAGACUGUCCCUGUCCUCUGGACCGGAAUCCGGAAUCCGGCUGUACGUUACGAUUUCGCUGUCUUCGCCGAGAUCUUUCCGACAGAUCCUCACUCCCCGGACCGGAAUGUGCAGUUCAACAACAUGACGUUCAAGCUCACAUACCGCGAGGAUGCCCUCUCAGAGCUCUCGGCGACAUGCAUCGUAAAGCAACUUGCAGCACUUACGGAAACCAUGCUUGGCUCACUCCCGGAGGACAUGGUCCAGGGGCUGCCGGCACGUCUGCCUAGGAGCUUGCUGUCUGCCGAAGGGACAAUUCCGGUUCCAACUGAAAAGAAGGAAGAAAAAACCCAGCAGAGCCAGGAUCGAGUUGAGCUUCUACACUCCCAGUUCGAGAACCAAGCCGCGUCAACCCCUGACCUUCUGGCCCUAAGCUUCUACACUUCACUAGACUCGCCUCCAACCGAGUUGAGCUAUGCAGAGCUUGACGCCAGGGCCAAUGGCCUGGCAAAAAUCCUGCGCGAGGAAGACGUAGACAUCAUCCCCAUCUGUCUACAACGGAGCGUCGAACUCUACGUCGCCGUCUUGGCUAUCUUGAAAGCCGGUUCGGCCUGGUGUCCUAUUGACGAGACCUCGCCCGUGCAGAGACGGACCUCGCUGAUCGCCAGGACACAAAGCAGGGUAUUGCUGACGGCCACGGAGUCGCUACCGCUGUACGCGAACCAGAAGACGUCAGAUCUGGCUUACCUUCUGUGGACCUCGGGCACCACAGGUGAGCCAAAGGGCGUCAUGAUCCAACACGCCGCGGCGGCACAGGCCAUGCGCGACCUGCAAAUCCAAGUUGAGCACGAUGAGAAGACCGAGCAGGUACGCACACUGCAGCUGUCGGCAUACAGCUUCGACGUCUUUGUGCAGGACCUCUUCUACACCUGGGGCCUAGCGGGCAGCGUCAUCAGCGGUACAAGAGAGCUGGUCCUGGGAACGUUUGUCGAGUUCAUCUGGAAAUCCCGUCCCACACACGCUCACCUCACCCCGUCGUUUGGCGCGAGCAUCGUUGUCGACGAGAUCAGGGGGUCAACUCUGCAGUACGUGACCUUCAUAGGCGAGAAGCUAACAGAAGACGUCGCCGAAGCUUGGGCGACGCCCGGCAUCACCACCCGCGCGUACAACACAUACGGGCCGGCCGAGAACGCGGUCGUGUCCACUCUGAGGCGAUUCUACGGCAAGAGCAGGGAUCAGGCCAAGGCUGCCAACGUAGGCUUCCCCCUGAACCACUGCACGGCUUACGUCGUCCGCGAGGUCGAAAUGCCACAAGACAAGCAGAAGCGCUGGGAGCUCGUCCCGCGAUAUGGAGUCGGCGAGCUGGCCCUGGGUGGCGCACAGGUAGCCAAGGGCUAUCUCGGUAACGAGGCCAAGACGGCCAAGGCUUUCAUCCAGGGAAGCCUCGGUGCCGACGAGCGUAUCUAUCUAACGGGGGAUAUGGUGCGUCUCAACGACCACGGCUUCGAGUUUCUCGGCAGAAACGAUGACCUGGUCAAGAUCAACGGCAUCCGCAUCGAGCUGAGCGAGAUCAGCGCGGCCUGUGCGAGCGUCAAGGACGAGGAGGCGGCUGUCGAGCACGUCGAGACGUUAUAUCUCCCGCGCCCGGAGGCUGAUACCGACAACAACAACAACAACAACAACAACAAAGUCGUCGUCACCUUUGUCUCUGUCAAGAAAGCCAUUAUUGACACGGGCAAGAUCAGGACGCAGGUCUUCCAGAGGGCUAGGGACGUGCUGCCUGCGUAUAUGGUCCCCGGACACGUCGUCGUCCUGGACACGACGAUGCCGAGGACCGCGUCUAACAAGGUCGACCGCAGGGCCCUGCAGGAGAUCUACAGGGGGUCGGAUCUGAAUGCCCUGGCUGGAAGAGAUAGCUCCGAGCGGUCUCCCGGCGAUGGUCAGCAGACGAAGUCGCAAUGGACCGAGGAACAGCUUCCUAUUCUUCAGACCAUCGCCGACAUCUUCAAGGUGGCAGUCGAACCCCUUUCUCCGGAAGAUAGCUUGGCCGGCCUGGGCUUCAGCUCUCUACAGGUUACCAAGCUGGCGUGGUCGCUGAGACGGCAGCUGAAGUGCGCGGUUGGGGUUCUCGACCUCAUGCGGUGCCAAUUUCUCGGCGAGCUGGUCGACGUCGUACUCACCAAGCUUCCGUGUCAAAAGGCCCUACUUCCACAGUCCAGCGGUGCGAUGUCGCCAGAAACACCUGCAAAGCAUUCAUGGGUGGCUUCCACCAAAGACAUGCUGACCAGGAGGCUCCGCGGCGACAUGCGGCCGCAUGACACGUCGUACGUGCUGCCCGCGACGCCAAUUCAGGAGUCACUCGUCGUAGAGACGAUGCUUGAGCCCCGGGCGUACUGGGCGCAUCGUGUGUUUGACUUGAGCCACCUGGGCGAUGUCGACGGCCAUCGUUUAAAGAACGCGUGGAUCGCGGCUGCCAGGAAAUUCGACAUACUCCGAACCAUCUUCGUCCCCCUGACACAGCUGGACCUGGAACACAAAGAGGAGCAUGACAAUAGCAUCAUGUGGGCCCGCCAACAAGGGAUCCAGUCCACUAUCCUUCAGCUAGUCCGAGACGAGCCAACGGUGCGCUGGACUCGGCUGCCCAGUGAUGAAGAUCAAGAUCUAGCCAGGUGGGCCGAGAAGCUACAGAUGGAGUUGGCGCCGACAACAACAACCCAGCCCCCUUGGUCGGUCACAUUUGCCGAGGGAGAUGGCAAGGUGAUGCUGAGUAUGCAUCACGCGCUCUACGACAACGUGUCGUCGGAAAUCCUCCUCGACACCGUUGCAAAGCUCUAUCAGAAGCAAGCCGGAGAUGGCCAUGACGGCGUGGUGCAACUCGAGAGGGGCAUGGAGCUGGGUCUGCUGCCCACCGCUUCCGAGAGGGACGAGGCCGCCUCCUCGUGGAACAGUCGUCUAGCCGACCUCAGGAAGACAGCAGGCGCCCUGAACGCCCCUUUUCCCGACCUGACACAGUCACGACAAAAGCAGCCUCAGAGGAUCUUCCUUUCAAGAAAGGCAAUCCCUCCUUCAUUCUUCACGUCUGCAUCUGGGUCGCCCGCUCUCCCAACAUUGUUCCAGUCCGCAUUCGGGUGCGUUCUGGCGUCAUACCUGGAGCUCAAGGCCGUCGUGUUUGGUCAGACCGUCUCGCAAAGGACUCUACACCCAGACCUCGCCCGCGUCAUGGGCCCUGCCAUGGCCACUCUUCCCGUGAUUGUCCGCGCAGAUGCCCUUUCAGCCGAGGAGCUCUGGAGCGACAUGGCCCGCGAUUCUUCCAGCCUCUUCCAAAAUGCACAUAGCCUGCAUCCCGUGGACAUCAAGAAGAUUCUUAACGAAGGCAGCGGGAGCAGUAACGCCCCCUUUCCGGGUCUCUUUGUCUACCACCCGGCCCCAGAAAGCGCCGAAGACGUCGAAAACAAUACCGUUCAACAAAUGUUUCGGGAAGUAGAGCAGGCACUGUCGCUCAAUGUGGAACAUCCCCUUGCCUUGAACAUCUUCGAGGUCGACGGAGCUAUGGAACUCACCGGCGACGGGCGCCACAUCUCACAGGCGCAGCUGGAACUCAUGUCGGAUCAGAUCGUCGACCAGGCCCGGGUCAUGGUGGAGUCACCCCAGCUCCCUCUUGACCAGCUUCAGAAUAGAAUGGGCCGCAGUCUCCUAUCUAUCAGUGGCGAGGCAGCUGCUGACAAGGUUCGCGCGGUUGACCCAACUGAAAGAGUCUCCCUGCACGCGUCCGAGCAUCCCGAAUGGAUUGCAGCCGAGGAACUCGCUUUUCAAGAGUCGGAUGAGGACGACGACAAAAUAGUCACCAAGACCAUCACAUACGCCCAGCUGGACAUGCUCACCAAUGUCAUCGCUUCUAGGCUAGCAUCUCACGAAGCUCGUCUCCAGUCCGAUGACAUCGUUGCUAUAUAUAUGGGCAGGGACAUCAAGUCGCUCGCGGCAACCCUGGCCAUCUUCCGGGCUGGCUACGUGUACCUUCCCGUGGACGAGGAUCUUCCCCCGGCUCGGAAGCGACUCCUCGUCCGUGACGCCAAGGCAAAGCUCAUCAUCACCACGGAAGAGCUCUCCAGGGGCUUGGACUUGAACCUCGACAGUGAUCCGCCGGCUUUGCUGAUCCCGGAUGGUGACGACGAUUUCGACGUAAUGCUGUCUUGGUCCGUGUCUCCGAGAAAGUUUGAAGCCAGCCACGGUGGUUACCUUCUCUACACGUCCGGUUCGACGGGCCGUCCCAAGGGCGUACGCGUAUCCAACAGCAGCUUAUGCCACUUCAUUGCCUCCUUCAGCACCCGCAUGAUCGACUCCUCGCCCGCCACGGCCAGCCUGGGGGGCGCCGGCAAGUAUCUCAACCUCACGUCCCGAGCCUUUGACCCCCACCUCACGCAGCUCUUUGUGCCCUGGUACCUGGGCCACCGCGUCGUCAUCGGCAAGGACCGAACAGCUAUUCUCGGCAGCUUGCAGCAAGUCAUCAACGAGCUGGGCAUCACACACUUUGGUUCCGUGCCCUCUGUGUUGACUCAACUGAGACUGCGGCCGGAAGACGUGCCCUCGGUCAGGGUGGUGACGACCGGUGGAGAAAAGGCGUCGAGCGAGCUUUUGGACACGUGGACGAAGGGGUGUGAUUCCGCUGACCAAGAGGGACAACAGCAAGCUGUCCUUUUCAACUUCUAUGGGCCGACGGAGGUCACAAUUGGCUGCCUAGGCCACGCCGUGAACCGCAAUUCCAACGCUCGCAAUCUCGGGUUGCCACUCCAGGGCCUCGAGGCUCUGCUGUUGUGCCCCGGCACUGGUGAUGAACAAACCCUUGCCAGGAGAGGACAGCCGGGCGAGCUCUGUAUCGCCGGUCCGCAGGUGGCCAUGGGCUAUCUGGACAGACCUAUCGAGAACGCCAAGAGCUUCCAGGCUACCUCGUUGCUGGGAGACGGCGACAAGAGAAUGUACAGAACAGGCGACAUGAUGAGGAUGAUGCACGAUGGCACCCUCGAGUUCCUGGGCCGGGUGGACCAGCAGGCCAAGAUCCGGGGUCAGAGGCUCGAGCUCGACGAGGUUGUGUCUUUCUUGAAGGAAGCCGCGGCCAACGAAGGUGACCUAGACUUUGCCGCCACGGUUGUAGCAAGUGGCAAUGACAGCUCGAACCAGCAGCAGCACCUGUUGGGCUUUGUGGCCCGUAAAGCGACGAGUCUCCUGAAGGGGGAGGCUGACGCCGAGGUUGAGCUACUCCAGAACCACGGCCAGGCGCUAACGUCGUUGCUGGAGAGGAUCAAGCAGAAAUGCGAGGCUUGUCUCCCGGCCUUCAUGGUUCCCACAAUGCUCUGGGUCUCGAGGAUCCCCUACCUGGCCGCGUCGGGCAAGGUAGAUACUAAGCUCCUGGACAAGCUGGCUAAUGACUUUUUCGCUUCUCAACAAGGUCAAGACGGCCCUGCGUCCACUGCCGCCAUGGGUCCAGGUUGCGCUUUGGACGCCAAAGAGUCCGUAGUCGUCGCGGCUGUGGAGGAGGCUGUGGGCAGCAAAAUCAACGCCACAGCGACAAGCAGCAUCCAUCGCCUGGGCAUCGACAGUCUCUCGGCUGUUCACCUGAUGUCGCUCUUGAGAAAACGAGGCUUUUCCAAGCUUAACAUGGCCGACAUCCUAUCGUCCUCGUGCACAGUAGGGUCCACGGCUCGAUUGGCCGACCGAGACUUGGACAGCAGAGCUCCGACGAGCAUCACAUCCGCAUCCACGUCGCCCCAUCAGCAGACGACAGACAGGCUGCAAGAGAUCGAAGCCGUCCUGCCCUGCCUGCCUCUACAAUCCGCCCUUGUCGCUCGGUCCCUGGUAUGGCUGAGCGCCAAUGGUGAUGGUGAUGAGGAUGAGGACAGAGCAGCAGUCGACGUCCCAUACGUGGCGCAGUUCCACUACCGUCUUUCCCGCGGCACGGAUUUCGCCAGAUGGAAGAAGGCAGCCGAGCUAGCUGUCGCAUCCGAGGCCAUGCUGAGGACCUGUUUCGUCCAGCGGGAGGACGAUGGACGCAUCUUCCAGGUUGUUCUCCAGUCGCCUCCUUGCUCGAUAUUUGAAGGCCAAGGAGGUCCGGCGGACAUAGUGGCCCGAAUGAACGUACGACCACCAAUAAUGCUGCAGGUUCUAGAGACAGAGAAUUCUGAAGAGACUGUCGUUUCGUUGAAGAUACAUCAUGCCUUAUUCGACGGCGUGGCUAUCGACGUGCUCAGGAGGAGGCUGGAGCAGGGCUACGACGGACAAGACCCCAUUCCUGCUUCAGUCAACAAGAGUCUCAAUGUUCUGACGAACAUCUCUGCUUACUGCUGCCUCUCGGAUGCACAAAUAGAAUCCACAAGACGCUUGUGGCAGGCAAGGUUGUAUGUUCCCCAGCUCAGGGCCAAGCUGCAGGCUCAGUCUCAGCAAUCCGGCGCGUCGAUAUCAGCCUCUUCUGCUUUCCAGCUGGCGACCGCCCUCUGUCUAGCUCAACUUACUCGACAGACAUCAGUCGUCUACGGCUUUGUCAUGUCACUCCGGCCCCUAAUUAACCACGUCGUCGACGGCGUGGAUGAAUUUGUCGGACCAUGCCUCAACACCCUGAUCCAGACGCUCAGCCUUCAAAGAGGGAACGAGACUUUACCCGAGCUUGCUCAGAGAGUCCACGAGGCCCACAUUGGUGCCUGCCAGGGCACAAUGCCGCUCGUCAGUGCAGAGAAGGUACAGCGUUGGGCUGGAUCCGAGGACAAGCUGUUCGACAGUCUGCUUAGCAUCAACAUUGUCCCCGCGGACGUGGAAACGAAUGGCGAGCCUGAACCUGGACGCAUGAGCGCUCUACGUACCCGGAGCAAGAGCGAUAUGGCCAUGGCCAUUGACGUCGAUCUGCAUGCAGAUGGCAAGAUUGUCUUGACGCUUUCGUCGGAUGGGUCCCUGACUGAGUCACAGCUGAAUGAGGUUGGCCGGUUGUUUGAGAAGAUCGUGUGCAGUUCUGCCGACAAGAGCGCGAGAGUCGAGCAUUUUGUGCCGAUGCACCACGACGUGAACUCUGUUGCUCCUAACGGCCAUUGCACCCUCGGCGACGUUGAACGAGAACCGGGUUUGGCAGAUGAAGGAUAUCAAGAUGCCUUGGCCUGCGUAGAAGCAACCCUUUGCCGCCUCCUCCGUCUGAAGCCGUCUGACAUAUCGGACAAGGAGACUUCGCUGUACCAGAUGGGCCUCGAUUCCAUCACCGUUCUUUCAUUCGUCAAACUUAUCAACAGGUCAGAGAGCAUCAUUCUCACUUCUGAUGCAGUCAUCAAGGCUCGAACCAUCCGAGGCGCGGCAAGACUUGUCCAGGCGGCGAAGUUAAGAGCCGGCGCCACUGUCAAUGGCAGUAGAAGACAAUAUUCAGAAGCCAGACGUGCCAACGCCGACAACGGCAUGAACGACGAAGAGAUUUACGACAAGACUCUGAGGAGACUGGCCAAGGACCUCAUGUUCGUGGCGACACCGCUUCAGGAGGGCAUGCUCAGUGCAUCGCUGGCCAUUGCGGGCAAGGCUUACACCUACGUCCACACCAUCCAAUUGUCCGGACAUGCUCUCGGAGCAGACACUUCCAGCCUCGACAACUUCUUCGCCGCUGUCAGGGAUACAGUGCAAGCCUGUGAGAUAUUGAGGACCCGUUUCAUUUUCACCCAAGAUGACGAGGCACCAUGGGUUGGUGUUGUGUCUCCUACUGAACAGAGCGACCUUGUCCAUUGGGAGACAGUGAAGUCGGAUCUGCCGGGCAGGGUACAGCUGAGGAUUCAUCAUGCUCUGUACGACGCGACUUCGAUUCGGGCCGUGUGGCGUAUCCUGGCCGAGAACUAUCACAGGCGUCUUCAAGGCCAUGAUCAAGUUAGCGAAGAAACUUCGAGGCAUCUGUUCAGGCCCUUUGCAAGGACAGUUGCAUUGGCGCAAAGAGCUUCAGUGGCAUUUUGGACCAACCUGGUUCAAGACUACAGCUAUACGCCACUUGAAUUCCCUGGCGACUCACUUCAGGCGUCAUCCGCCUUCCAUUUUGCAUUGAGCGAACAGGAGCUGUUGCUUCUGCAGACAAGAUGCAGAGCCCUCAGCGUGACGACCAAGGCGGCGCUUCAGCUGGCCUGGGUGAAAGUACUCUGCGAGUCUCUCUACGGACAAGGCGAUGUCGUCUACGGCGAGGUCGUCUCGACUGGUGGCGGAUUUGACGGUGACGGUGACGCUGUCAUAGUUGGCCCUACCAUCAACACAGUGCCCAUGCGGGUCAAACUGGCGGACCACGGGAUCGCCGUCAACGUUGCAGAGGCUUUGGCCCGGGUGCAGAAGCUGAGUGAUGAUGCGAGGGGGGUGGACGCAAUGGCAUCUCUGAGGACGGUCCAGACGCUGUGGAGAUCGUCAAGUCCGGGCCAGGAACAUGUCCCCGCGAGUCUCUUCCAAAGUCUGCCUGCUCAGACCCAGACCCAGAGCGUAGGGAGAGACGCGGAUGAUGGACCGGCGUAUGACGAUUAUCCUCUGAUUGUCAGCUUCCAAAUCAAGAACAACAUCCUUCACGGCAAGCUGAGGGCCAAGAUGACCACAAAGGAGGUGGAAACUUUGGGAAGCCGACUCGAGACUGCGGUGAGAUGUGUCGUCUCAAGUGAAAUGCAAAGUCCGGCACUGGAUAUCAGCCACAUGAAGUCGGUAGGAAAGCAGAACUUGGCCCUAAACGGAAGAUCCACAAACGAGACGGCCAAUCAUUUAAAGAUGGACAGCCUGACUCCAACAGCCGAUGCUGUUUUGGAAUUGGUCAAGACGGUGCUCGGCACAAGGGGCAAGGAUAUCGGCUACCACACGAAGCUGAUCAACGUGGGCCUUGACUCGAUCUUGGCCAUUCGUCUGUCAAGGCUCCUGAGGAAGAAGAUGGGAAUGAGUGCGAGCAUCUUCGACAUCAUCAAGGGUGCCAGCGUCCAUGACAUCGUCAAGAGUACGACUUCGACACAAAAGGUCGUCGUACAGGAACCGAGACAACGGUUGUUGACCCAAGAGGAUGAGCUGAAGAGACUGGUGGCCAAUACCCUCGGACUGCCAAAAGACCACGUCAAGUCUGUCCUGCCGGCCCUAGCAGGCCAGCGUGCGCACUUGGAGCAAUGGCUAUACAACGGCAAGAGGUUCUUUGAGGCUCCAUGGGUGUACCGAGUGGUUGAUGAUUCUCUCGACGCCCAAAAAGUGUCGAGCUGCUGGGCUGAGCUUUGCCGAGUUCACGAAGCUCUCCGGACGACGUUCGUCUGGACAGGCAACGCCACAGGACUGGUCCAAGUCACUUUAGGCGAGCAAUGGACGGGAGAGGGACACUUUGCGGUUCUCAAAGACUUGUCAAAGCCCAUCCAAGCCUUGAUCGACGAGCACGUCGGCGAAGAAAACGGCAAGCCAUCAGAUUUGAGGGAGCCCCCGGUCCGUCUCUCGUUCGUAGAAGCAUUGGACGGGAAAGCAGUUGUGCUCCGAGUCCACCACGCGCUUUACGACGCAUGGAGUAUCAAGAUGAUUGAGAAGGACUUCAAUGAGCUCUUGGCCUUUGGCAAGGUGCUGCAGACUCGUGCGUCUUUAGAACACGUGGUUCAUCAAAUCAGAGACAUCAGGCAGCUCGAUGCCGAGCAUUCGUACUGGAAACAUCAUCUGGCGCACGCCCAAGAUACUAUCCUGCACGCGGGUGCCAAGGAUGAUGCAUUAUCAGCAUCCACAUACAAAUCACCCCUGGGCCCGCACUUCAAAGCCAGCUAUUCUGCUGUCGUUCCACAGAGCACCAUCGACGCGCUUUCGCGAACCAAGAGUAAUGCACGCACCUCGGCCGCCAUCAUCCUUGCCUAUGCAAGGAUGCUGGGGCAUUUCACGAAGUGCUCUCAACCCACGUUCGGCUUGAAUCAUGCUUCGCGGUCCCUUUCUUCCGCAGAUGGGGCUCAGACUCUCGAUUUAGCUACCGAAAGCGUGCCGACUCUGACCGUGACACCGUUUUGCGUGAACCUGGAUAGCCAAAGCCCCGGGUUGUCGUCAUCUGAGGAGCAUCUGCUGGAUUUUGUGCAAGACCAUCUAGCACAGCUCACCAAAUUCGCGCAGUCAGACGGUGUGCAACAGUUUCGCCCCAGGUUCAACUCCUACAUCAACAUUCUCUACGCCGGAGACAAUGCCGCAGGGGUCGAGGAUGACGAGGUCGAGGCCGCAACGAAGGUGCUCAGCAGGCACAGGCUCAGGGAACCCCUUGCUUCAGAUUACUUCACCGUCACUAAGCCGUCGUCAUCCACAUUCUCUACUAUCGAGGAGCUUGAGACGUCCCACUUGUGCCCCCAUCGAUUCUUCCUCAAUGUCAUCGUUCAUCGAGGUGAAUAUAUCAGAGUGGCAGUGAGUGGUGAUGACGCGCUAUGCGGCGGGGACCUGACCAUGGUCACAAAGCUCGUGUCAUAUUUCGGUUCUGCACUGGCAAAGAUAAUUGAAGGCGCAUGCACAAACUAG